AUAAAAGGAGCUAAAUCCUAGCUUCCUAAGCCUUGCCACAUGAACAAAAUAAUCAGAACCAACCAUUAUGCCAUGUCAUUCCGGACUGGACUUUAAAAAAAAAAAACCAACCAUUAAAAUAUGCGAAGAGUCACGGUUUAACCUGGUUCAACUCCAGUUACAUCAUAAUAAAACAAUGCAUGCAUUGAUUGUUGAUUAUUAGUCUUCUAGCUACCACAUCUUUGCCAUCCUAAAUCAAAAUCGAUUUUUACAACUUUAACUUGCCCCAUACUUAAUAUUCUUAUAGCUGGUGAACAAUUUAAUUUAGGAAAUCGUUAUAUUUCAUGUCAAAAAUGCAUACUGUAUUCAUUGAAAAUUAAAUAACAUAUAUUCUACCAUUAGGAUCAAGAACUCUAAUCUGAAGACUAUAUAUUCAUCCCCUCUCACUCUGAAAAAACCACCACCGUCAACCGUUCAAGAUUUUGUGUAAGUCAAUAUUUGAAAGUCACAAUUUUGUCAAUUUUUUGGCAUAAGUGAUAUGUUUAAGAGUUGGAUAGUUAAGUCCGUAUGCGGUUGGGGACGUGGGGUUUGGCUCACCUUCCACUGUUUAUUUUCAAUUGUUUUAAUAAUAGAUUCAUAUUGAUAAUCUGUGCGAACAAACGUAUAAGAUUUUAGUUGGUUAAGAUUAAACAUAGACCGACAAUCUUCCGUCUUUAGCUAUUGGUCUCCGCCAAAAAAAUUUGAUUUAAUAUAAUAGUUCCUGCCUGCUAAGCUACUACAAUUGUAGUUCACGUCUAUCGGUCAUAUAAAAUAUUUAGUUUUUUUUGGCUUUAUAAGAUUUUAGUUUGUAAUUAAUCUCAUGGUUCGAUUUUAUCCAUUGAGACCUUUUUCACUAUGUUUUAUUAUCAAACCAUUUCACUUUGCCUAACAUUUAAAUAUUCUUUCCUUUGUUUAAGGAUUGAUUGUUCCUCAAUACCAUAGUCAAACCAACCGCCAAAGGUCUUCCGCUUAUGGGAGGUAUUUUGAAUUUACAAGUGCAUUUUUGAAUCAAAAACAUUAUUAGUAUUGAUAUAUUAAUUUAAUACUUUAAUCCAAAUCUUUAAUAAAACAAAUAUAAAAUACAAAUUAUGUUAUAUAUAUAUAUAUAUAUUUAUAUUUUUGACUAUUUACAUCUUAUUAAAUUUGAAGUGCACAAAAAAAAAGAAAAGUUACAUCUUAUCUGAUAAGAUUCCAAAUAUAUAAAUACAAUGCUAUGUUUUGAUUUUUGUUUAUUGCUACGAAACGUUUUAAAAACUUGGGAAAAGGUAAAAAUACAGACGACAUGACCGACCACUCCUUUUCUCCUGGUUUGCAAGAAUCUAAUUGAGUUGCUUAAUAUUUGUUCCAAAUUAAUAUAUAGUCCCAUCAGAAUCAUAAAUUAAUAAUCUAUCUCUAUAUAGUUUUAUAUAAGUACUAAAUAAAGAUAUUUUUGUUCAUUUUAUAGUUACAAAACUCUAAUAAAACAAAUAUAAACAUUAUUAGUAAAAUAUGUUUUUUAUUUAAAAAUACAAAUUAUGAAAAAAACCACAAUUAGUUCUUAAUAAAAAAAUCAUGCUCCCAACUGUAUCAACAGAUUCGUCAUUCACCCCUAGAAGACACAUAUAGGAAUAAUUAAAUACUUUGGCAAAAAAAAAACAUUUUUGUGAUGAAGAUUCUUAGAUGAUGAUCGUUUUCUAUACAAACAUGCGGCACCUCUACACCAUUGUUUUAAUCCCAGGAAAACACGUAGAAAUCUAUUAACACAAAUAUUAACAUACUUUAAUUAAAUAUGUAAUCCGCGCGGAGCGCGGACACCGGCUUAACUGUAACAACAACAAAAAGAAGAUGUAAACUAAAAAGGAAAAAUUCCACAAAAAUAAUCCAACUAAAUUUUUAAGCUUUUAAUACUCAUUUUUUUUCUAGCCAUUUUAAUACCCAAAAUAGUUAUUUUGAUCAAUAAAUUUAGUUUUAAAAUUAUACCCGUUUUAAUACCAAGCUCAUUUUAAUCAAAAAUGUUAAUUGGUUUCAAACCAAAUUAAAAAAAAAAACUCUAAAAUUUAUAAACAAAUCUUUUUUAAAAAAAUUAAUAUAAUUUUAAGUUUUAGGAGUAAAAAUGACUAAAAUUUUGGAUAAAAGAUAGAGAUUAUACUCAUUACUUCCUACUAUUUAAGAUAAAAAUAGUUAGUUUACAAUAUUUUUGUUACUAAUUUACAAGUUAGAAGAUUAGUAUAAAUGGGCCGAGAUAGGGUUUAAGGUGGGUUUCAUCUAUUGGGGUUUAAUGCAACUAACUGCUCUCUCUCUCGCUUGAAUGAUGAAAUCGAUUCUUCACUGAGAGUUCUCUCUACCCCUGCGAAUGGAUUCCACUGAUGACGAUUUCGGUGAGCUGUACGUUGACGACAAGGCUCACGCGACUGCUUCCCUCGCCGGCGAUGACGUAUGCGAAGAAUCGGAGCACACUCCGAUUCUUCCCGGCAAGAACAAGGGUUUUGAAGUGACAGAAGAACCCGAAUCGCGACUCGAAGCGAAGAAACUCGAUGAUGUGGAUAAGGAUUCGAGUCCGUGCGUCGACAACAACGCUUGUGCUGCGAAUCGAACCGAGGCGAAAGAAGAGUGGGAGUACAGUGACAGUGACGAUGAUGAUGAUUUGAAUAUAGUGCUGAAAGAAGACGAUUCGGUUGCUUGUGGAUCGAACGCCAGCAAUCAGAGACGGAGUGUUGGAAGCUGGUGCACAAUGCCAAACAGUGGGAUGGUGGUUAAUGGACGCAUGACGAUGGAAGCUAUGAAUCCGUCUCUAGGAAUGCCUCAGUGUGGGUAUAAUAAUUUCUCACAUACUUGGUCAAGGGCAAAUUUCCAUGGGUUUGAGAAGAAGCCGUGGAGGAAUCCUGGUGUGGAUGUUAAUGACUACUUUAAUUUUGGGUUUAAUGAGCAAAGCUGGAAGGAUUAUUGUAACCCUGGGGUAAAAGGAAGAGCAAUUGAGGUUGAAGGUGGAACUCUUGGACGCACACCUUCUGUGGAUUUGCGUUAUCCACGUGAUUUAGACCCUGAUGUGGUGAUACAGGUCCCGGUGACUGCUGAUGUUGAGGAGCUAUCAAGCAUGACACCUGUGGAAGCAAGGUCUCUCAUCAAACCAUCAAAUGGAGCAUCUAGAAGCGAGGAGUUUCAUUCAGAUAUCGGAGCAGAUUUGCAUUCGUCUGGUGAUUCGAUGAAAGAAGAGGUUUCUGUUGGGUGUGAAGACGAAUAUACUGGAAGUUUCAGAGGAGAGCAAUCUCCUUCGAAAGAGAAUUGCCGCAGCAGGGAAGUAACACCUUGCGAUAAGGAAGUUAUUGAGGAGGAGAAAGAAGAGACUUGUUGGAGUUCAGAUAAGGCGGAUUCAUCCUCAGUGGAAAGCGAAUCAUCUCAUAGAUAUCGCUUUCGUUUUAGCCCUACCUCUUCAUAUUCUGUUGGUAAAACUGAGGAAUCCGAAGAUCCUGGAACAGAAUCAUCAAAAGACGGUGCUAUUGAUGACCAACGUGAAGCCAGUACCCCACCACGACGAACUAGAUUUGCGGAACAUGAAGCAAACAGUACUAAAUGCGUGGAAAGGAGUGAUACAGGGCAUUCUAGACACAGAAGAUCUCACCAAGACUCAAGCAAAAGGCAUUAUGGGAGAGUUGACUAUGAGGCAGAUAGGAGAACAAAGCAUGCAGAUGCAUCGCGUACACCAGAUCGAGAUCUUGGCAAGAAAGUGUGUUAUGGACGUGGAAGAUCAUAUCGUGAUUCGAGCAGAAACUGGCAGAACAGACCAUAUUUUACUUUGGGAAAGGUCGGUACUGAAGUUAGAGGCCUUCCGCACUCAGAUAGAGGAAAACGUCAUGGUCGUUCAUAUUCACCUGUGGAUCUUGAUCGAGAUAGAGGGCAAAGGUUAGGUUGGCGCAACAACAAAGAACCAUCACAUGGCCGAGGCUUUGAUCCUUCUAAUGGUUACAAGUAUGAAGCGGGUCUUCAAGAGUAUAACUCACGUUCAUCCUUCAAUCUUAACCACAGAAAUUCUCGAGUGAGUUUAAACAAAGAGGAGGAUAGAUAUGGUAGGCAACAUAAUGAAAGAAGAUAUGGCCGUGAAAGAAGUCCUGCCAUAGCCUAUGAAAGCAACAAAGAGGAUAGAUACGGUAGGCAACACUGUGAAAGAAAAUAUAGCCGUGAAAGAAGCCCUGGCCUAGCCUAUGAACGCAACAAAGAAAGAAGGCCUUAUUAUCAGGACCGUAUUCCAAUAUCUGAUAUGGAAUAUAGGUACCAGAUUGAGUACUGUUCUAUAAAUGGAAGACAUAACCCCAAUCAGAGUCGCGAGGAUGAACCUUAUUAUGGAAGAAGGUGUGACUACGAUUAUGAUUUCCCUCGUGGCAGACAUGAAGAUGAAGUUCAGAGGACAGAAAAUGGAAUUCCAUUUGAGCUUGCUUACAGGGAGAUGCAUUCUUUUGCUGAAAUGGGAAGGAGAGACUUCGAAAGAUAUGAAGAGAAUUUCUCUGAAAUAGAUAGAAGACACUAUUACACACUUGGUUGGCAUCAUGAUAGGUUUGGCUCAGAUAACGAUGGUCAUAAUAAGUACAGAGACCAAGGUGCUUGGCCUACGCCGUCUUUACCAUUCAGAGAUUCUUGGCAGACAAAAGGAUCGAGAGGUGAUUCUUGGAAAGAUGAGACCAGAGACUUCACAAAAAGGGAAGCAAAUGACAGGCAGAAUAAUCUGUUGUAUAAGGAUGCACCAAGAGAUGGUUGGACACGGAAUCUUGUUCGUGGCGAUAAUGUGAGCAUACAAGACAGACUAAGGUAUGAUGAUGAUGAUGAUAAUUGGGUUCGUCGUGAUAAAAGGAGGUAUCAGUUGGGAGAUUCAGUGAGAGAAAUUGCUCAUUCUGAGCAUCCUUCAUAUACUGAUGAGAUUUUAGUCACCAACAUAGGAGUGUCAGCACAUGAUCGAAUCUCCAUCAAACAAAGACCUGGAUAUUUUAUGAGCCAUGUUCAUGAAACUGUUGAAAGACAUCAAAGAUCCAAAAAGCUGAGAAGAGAUGGGAAUGCUUUCAUCAAGUGUCAGGAUCCGAUUGACUCAACUGGUAGACAAGGGAAGCUCGCUAACCAAUCAAGAAUAAGAUUCUCCAACGGCAGAGAUACAACAGAACAGCAAGGCCGUCAGAAACCAAGAAAUGUAAUGGGCAAAGGAAACGAGAAAGCUGUUGUGAAGAUUCAAAGUUUGAUUGAGAAAGAGGAAGGUGAGAUCAUUCAAGAAGAAGAGAGGAACGUGACAGGGACUGGAAUAGACGAGGAACGUAUACAAGAGAGCAUUAAGAAGAUGGAGAGACGAAGAGAGAGGUUCAAGGAACCCGAAUUGGUAGCAGCCAAAUUUCAUUUUCAAACCGAGCAGGAAGCCAAAACCGAUGUUACCAAUCAAGUGAGACCGGUUAGGAAGAGGCGAUGGUGUGCAUAGCUAGCAAGCAAAAUAUCAAAUUGGUUUUGGCUAUUCGAAGUUAAAUACAAUUACGGUUAUCAAUGGUUGGACUUAGAUUUCAAGGUUAUUUUGCAUUUUGACCAUAAAAAUUAGAGUUUUUGACCACGUACUUUAAUGUUUAGUAUGUGAAAUCAAAAUGAUCUAGCAAAGAUUGAACCGGUGAUAUUGUGAAUUAGAGCAUACGUUUAUACUUA